AAUGGGAUGUACAUGCUCCAGUUGGUGGACACAUACGCUGCCUCUUACUCUCUGGUCAUCAUUGCCAUCUGUGAGCUGAUCGGAAUCUCCUACUUCUAUGGUGAGUAGUAGAAUAAUUCUAUGAAAAUUACUUUAGAUCUUUUGUUUACCUGACUAUAAUAACCUUGCUCUCUGAUAGCUCCGGUAGAAGUUGCUCUUCGGUGCAGAUCUAGGAUCAGCUUACCCUCCCUAAAUCCUAACUGUUGUCCUGUGUGGCUCAGACGGUAUAGCAUGGCGCUUGCAACGCCAAGUUCUGUGGGUUUGAUUGCAGCUGGGGCCACCCAUACGAAAAAUGGAUGCAUUCAUGACUAAGUCGCUUUGGAUAAAAGUGUCUGCUAAAUGGCAUAUAUUAUUUAUUAUUAUUAUAAACAUUAGGAAAAAUAAUGCAAAACUGCAUUCAGAUCAUUGUCUCGGGUGGCAAAUUCAUCCUACUCUUACCUCACUUUAUGAACGUCAGAAUCAGAAAAGCCUCAUAGCCAUUCAACAUUAUUGAUUGCCAUUUUGUCUUGACUAAACAACAUAAACACAGAAAGCACAUGACUUAUAGUGUGUGGUGCUUAGGUUGUUAAAUCAUGGUGGCUGUUUGCAAUUCAAAUGAGGGAGGUGUUAAACAAUGGAAGUUUUCAUGUAUUUACCUGCAAAUAAACGCGUCUCCAUUCUCACAGACCUGUUACCUGUUUUUUGGUUACAUGGUCUAUGAAAAAACAGGAUUCAUGUGUAGGUCUCGAGCUGGGUUUUUUGUGGUGAAAAUGUACAGUGUUUAUACCUACUAUCCAUUUCACAUAUAAAAGAAGACUAAAAAAAGAGAAAAAAUACAGGUUUUGUCUCAGUAUAAAUGGGCUAUAAGAGGCUCCAGACCAGGUGCCUAGGUUGCCCUUAAGCACAGAUCUAGGUUCAGCUUAAUCCUUAAAUCCUCAUCCUAACUGUUAUGAGUAAAAACACCAAACAGACCUUAGAUCAGUGUCUAGGGGCAACUUUAUCCCUCUCCGACAGGGGGCUCGAGCACUUCUCAUUCUGACCACUAGAUGCCUGUGUUACCAUUCUAGUGGACCAAUGAUCAGGUCUGAAGCAGACCCGUGAGUAUAUGGAACAGACUGUACUCCAAUGCGUCACAGCAUCAGCAGAGGUGGUUCCAGUGAAAUGAUUGUGUAGCUUGUGACUCAUCUCUUGCCAAGUUUGUCGGUCAAUACACCGACAACAAUUGUGACAAUUGUCAAGCCACAUUGUUUUGGAGGAUAAUAAAUGUCCCGGGGUUCUCCCUGGGAAUGAAUGUGCCUUGUAGGGGGCCUGUGUUGGAGCUCUCUUGUCUGGAGCUCUGGGUGAAAUUGGUUCACUCUCUGGGUGCGUCCCAAAUGGUACCCUAUUCCCUAUAUAGUGCACUACUUUUGACCAGAGGUGUAUACAGAUAGGGAAUAGGGUGCUAUUUUGGAUGGAGUUUCUGUGUGUCAGAGUGUUUCUACUCCCCUCAACCGAGCAGUCGAUUUGACUGACUCUCCCUCUUUUCUCCUCCUCUUUCUGUCUUUAUUCCCCUCUUCCUAGGCCUGCAGAGGUUCUGCGAGGACAUUGAAAUGAUGAUUGGCUUCCAACCAAACCGCUUCUGGAGAAUCUGCUGGGCCUUUGUGACUCCUACCAUUCUGACUGUAAGUGUGUGUGUCCGAUCUAUACGGAAUGGGGUUUAGAUAUUCAUAGGCGCGCUAGCACGCACACUCACUCACUCACUUACCAUACAGAGACACAGAUGCGUGCACACACACACACACACACACACACAAACAAACAAACACAACACACCUAUUGUGUUUCCCUUUUCACUGCAGCCUUUUCAAAUUUAGGGGCCAACAUCGAUUUGCAGCAGCGAGUGUUAACCAAGAAAGGGAACAAAGCAAAAAAUAAAUCCCAGACUGAAACGGAAAUUGUUUUCCUCACUAUUUACCGUUAUAACACAGGUUGUUUGUGCUAUUCGAAAUGCAUCACUCCUAUAGCCUACGUAAUGUUGUCAUAACUAUGACAUAACAGAUUGUCAAAGACAAAUUAUUUGAACCUAAAACGUUUAAUAAAAACAUUUAUAGUAAAAUAUUAUGGGGAAUGGAAAUGAGAGGGCUACUUACACAGUGUUGGGAAGGGAUCACAGCAGUGAUUGAAUGAGGAUGUGAGGCAUGAGUUGAGAUGUUCAGAGGUUUGACUUCAGUGCAGGACAGAGGUUGAGAUGUUCAGAGGUUUGACUUCAGUGCAGGACAUAGGUUGAGGUGUUCAGAGGCUUCAGUGCAGGACAGGCUCCUCAUGGAUGCAUGUUGGAGAAGAGCUCAACUCUUCCACUGAGGGCAGGACAGGAUUUGACUGGGAAGACAAAAAACAAUAACACAACACAUUUAGACAAAAGAGCUAAGAUUGAGUUAGUCCAAGCAAGGAGUAAAAUCAUUGAUGUACAGUAUAUGUGUAAUAAUUGGAUUGUGUUUGUUGCUGGUCUAUGGUAUUUAUCCAAACACGAGGGCUACUUACACAGUGUUGGGACAGGAUCACAGCAGUGAUUGAAUGAGGGUAUAAGGCCAAAAAAAUCUCUGGGGCCCUGAGUUUUUCCUUAUCUGGUAAUCUAACCAGGUAAAACUCCUGACCCUUAAGGGUAUGACAGUGAUAAAUCACUGUUAAGGUUUUAUAUUGGCUAUGAUGGGUCCAGUUUUUCUAAUCAGAUCACAUGGUUUUUAAAAAAUCCUGGAAAAACUCAUGGCCCUGGGGAGGAUUAAAACCCUGUCAAACUGCAGGAACCUUGUACUUGUUCAUAUGAAUUAUAUUUAGGCUAGACUAACAGGGGGGUUUCCUCUACACAGAGACAACAACUGAUGGACAAUAGGACUCACAGGGCUGAGCUUGCUUUAUGCUUGUUUGCAUCGUGUAGGCCUAUGCAACUGUAGGCCUAAUUCAAAAUGUAGUCACAGCCUGUGUCAUCACUAUUGUGUUAAUUGAUUAAUUCCAGUUAAUAAUGUUGUAUUGCACAUAUUACCAAUUUGUUUACCAUGACCAGAUGGACAGGGCGCAUAGGCUGUAUGCACUUGCUUUUUUAAAUUAUCCUACUUAAAAAUCGUCUCGUUAUUCAUCCCAUACAGCAUGUCAGAUCUCUAACGGUUAAGUUAUGGCAACUCACGUCAUAGUCAUGACACAAAACUGUUUAUGACACUAAAUUGACAUGGCUCACUAACUGGCUCAGUAUAAUGCUAUUACAUUUUUGCACGAAAAUCUAAUUAUGGCUUGACAAUGUCAAAUCAGUGUCAGGACUGUUUAUAUGACACCUGUUAUGUCAUGUUGAUAAUACAGUUCAGUAUGCUUUCUGACGAAUGAUUCAAACUAAGUAUUAUGGAAAUUUCUAUAGCACACCAACUCAGUAACCUCAUGCUCUCCUACCUUACAGAAGUUACACUGAGUAUACAAAACAUUAAGGACACCUUCCUAAUAUUGAGUUCAACCCCAAAAUCUUACCCUCAGAAUGCCUCAAUUCACCGGGGCAUGGACUCUACAAGGAGUCGAAAGCAUUCCACAGGGAAGCUGGCCCAUGUUGACUCCAGUGCUUCCCACAGUUGUGUCAAGUUGGCUGGAUGUCCUUUGGGUGGUGGACCAUUCUUGAUACACACAAGAAACUGUUGAGCGUGAAAAACCCAGCAGCGUUGCAGUUCUUGACACAAACCUGUGUGUCUUUCCCAUUCCCCUCUGAAUGGCACACAUACACAAUCCAUGUCUCAAUUGUCUCAAUGCUUAAAAAUCCUCCUUUCAACCUGUCCCUACCCCUUCAUCUAUACUGAUUUUAAGUGGAUUUAACAAGUGACAUCAAUAAGGGAACAUAGCUUUCACCUGGAUUCACCUGGUCAGUCUAGAGCAGGUGUCCUUAAUGUUUUGUGCACUCAGUGUAUGUUUCACCGCAUUGGAAGGUGUUACAGUGGCAGUACUAGUUUACUAGAAUGUCUCUUGCUGUAACAGCUGAGCGUAAGUGACAAACGACACAGCUAUUGCUCCAGCCUACCACUCUCCCCAGCCAGCCAGUCCGCCCCUCUCUAGGGGGUUACAAAUUACCCCGGGGACCUCUGUGAUGCAUAAUCUUGUCCUCCUCUUCUUUCUCCUCUUCUCCCUGUUCCCUCCUUUGCCCCUCCUCAUCUUACCCUCCUGAUCCUUCCUUUCCUUAUCUCUUAAUCGUCUUCUUCCGGUUUUUGAUCACCCUCUUUUCUCCACCUCCUCCUUCACUUCGUCUCCCCCUCAUCCUUGAUUCUAUUCUUGCUCCUAAUCCUCCUGUCAUCUCCUUUUUCUCCUCUCUCUCCCUGCAGGGUAUCCUGGGGCUGAGUCUGUACCAGUGGAAGGUGAUGACCUAUGAGGACUACACCUACCCCCCAUGGUCAAUGGUGAUGGGCUGGCUGAUGGUGUUGUGUUCUGUCAUCUGGAUCCCAAUCAUGUUUGUCAUCAAAAUGUACUUGGCCCCAGGCAGCUUCAUGGAGGUAUGUAUGGGACACAAUACCACGCACAUGUACUGUAAACCUGUUUGUACAGUACCAGUCAAAAGUUUGGACACACCUACUCAUUCAAGGGUUUUUCUUUAUUUUUACUAUUUUCUACAUUGUAGAAUAAUAGUGAAGACAUAAAAACUAUGAAAUAACACAUAUGGAAUCAUGUAGUAACAAAAAAAGUGUUAUACAAAUGAAAAUAUAUUUGAGAUUUGAGAUUCUUCAAAUAGCCACCCUUUGCCUUGAUGACAGCUUUGCACACUCUUGGCAUUCUCUCAACCAGCUUCAUGAGGUAGUCACCUGGAAUGCAUUUCAAUGAACAGGUGUGCCUUGUUAAAAGUUCAUUUGUGGAAUUUAAUGCGUUUGAGCAAUCAGUUGUGUUGUGUCAAGGUAGGGGUGGUAUACAGAAGAUAGCCCUAUUUGGUAAAAGACCAAGUCCAUAUUAUGGCGAGAACAGCUCAAAUAAGCAAAGAGAAAUGACAGUCCAUCAUUACUUUAAGACAUGAAGGUCAGUCAAUUUCAAGAACUUUGAAAGUUUCUUCAAGUGCAGUCGCAAAAACCAUCAAGCGCUAUGAUGAAACUGGCUCUCAUGAGGACCGCCACAGGAAAGGAAGACCCAGAGUUACCUCUGCUGCAGAGGAUAAGUUCAUUAGAGUUAACUGCACCUCAGAUUGCAGCCCAAUAAAUGCUUCACAGAGUUCAGGUAACAAACACAUCUCAACAUCAACUGUUCAGAGGAGACUACGUGAAUCAGGCCUUCAUGGUCGAAAUGCUGCAAAGAAACCACUACUAAAGGACACCAAUAAGAAGAAGUGACUUGCUUGGGCCAAGAAACACGAGCAAUGGACAUUAUACCGGUGGAAAUCUGUCCUUUGGUCUGACGAGUCCAAAUAUGAGAUUUUUGGUUCCAACCUCUUUCUUUGUGAGAUGCAGAGUAGGUGAACGGAUGAUCUCCGCAUGUGUGGUUCCCACCGUGAAGCAUGGAGGAGGAGUUGUGCUGGUGUGGGGGUGCUUUGCUGGUGCCACUGUCAGUGAUUUAUUUAGAAUUCAAGGCACACUUAACCAGCAUGGCUACCACAGCAUUCUGCAGCGAUACGCCAUCCCAUCUGGUUUGGGCUUAGUUGGACUAUAAUUUGUUUUUCAACAGGACAAUGACCCAAAACACACCUCCAGACUGUGUAAGGGCUAUUUGGCCAAGGAGAGUGAUGGAGUGCUGCAUCAGAUGACCUGGCCUCCACAAUCACCCGACCUCAACCCAAUUGAGAUGGUUUGGGAUGAGUUGGACCGCAGAGUGAAGGAAAAGCAGCCAACAAGUGCUCAGCAUAUGUGGGAACUCCUUCAAGAUUGUUGUAAAAGCAUUCCUCAUGAAGCUGGUUGAGAGAAUGCCAAGAGUGUGCAAAGCUGUCAUCAAGGCAAAGGGUGGCCACUUUGAAGAAUCUAAAAUGUAAAAUAUAUUUUGGUUUGUUUAAAAUUUUUUUGGUCACUACAUGAUGUGUUAUUUCAUAGUUUUGAUGUCUUCACUAUUAUUCUACAAUGUAUAAAAUAGUAAAAAUAAAGAAAAAACAUGAAUGAGUAGGUGUGUCCAAACUUUUGACUGGUUCUGUAUGUCCCAUAAAUACAUUCCAGAUCUAUGCAGAUCUGCUCCUUUUUCUUUAUUUUCCUGUUCAGUCACCCAUUGAAAUCCUGGGGUAAGGAAUGUUUUUUGGACUGUAAAUAUCUUAUGUGUUUUUAGCAAAUGUAAGCAACAUUUACAUUUGUCUGUAGCAUACUGAAGUUAGUUUUUUGGUAUUUAAUACAUGUCCCGGUUUGAUAUUGCCUGUUCUGUUGACAGUCCAUAACUCUGAGGUUUGUGUCUUUGAGGUUCUACUGUAGUAUAGUUGUAUAUAAAAAAUUCAUCUCACACAUCUCAUAUAGGUUACAUAAACAAACAAACAGUCCACACAAUCCCCUCAGCAAUUGUGACUAUGAACUCACUAUGACCUUCCUGUCUCUGUGUGUUACUGGAACACAGUAUGUAUGAAUAAUGUGAGCAUGACUGUUGGAAGCAUGUGGUAAGCACUGAGCUCCCUAGUUACAGUGCAUUGGGAAAGUAUUCAGACCCCUUGCCUUUUCCCACAUUUUGUUAAGUUACAGCCGUAUUCUAAACUUGAUUAAGUAAAAAAAAAUCCUCAUCAUUCUACACACAAUACACCACAAUGACAAGCAAAAAUUGGUUUUUCAAAAUUUUUGCAAAUCUAUAAGAAUAUAAGAAACAUAAAUACCUUAUUUACAUAAGUAUUCAGACCCUUUGCUGCUAUGAGACUCGACAUUGAGCUCAGGUGCAUCCUGUUUCCAUUGAUCAUCCCUGAGAUGUUUCUACAACUUGAUUGGAGUCCACCUGUGGUAAAUUCAAUUGAUUGAACAUGAUUUGGAAAGGCACACACCUGUCCAUAUAUAAGGUCCCACAGUUGACAGUAAAUGUCAGAGCAAAAACCAAGCCAUGAGGUCGAAGGAAUUGUCCGUAGAGCUCAAAGACAGCAUUGUGUCGAGGCAAAUAUCUGGGGAAGGGUACCAAAAAAUGUCUGCAGCAUUGAAGGUCCCCAAGAACACAGUGGCCUCCAUUAUUCUUAAAUGGAAGAAGUUUGGAACCACCAAGACUCUUCCUAGAGCUGGCCGCCCGGCCAAACUGAGCAAUCGGGUGAGAAGGGCCUUCGUCAUGGAGGUGACCAAAAACCCGAUGGUCACUCUGACAGAACUCCAGAGUUCCUCUGUGGAGAUGGGAGAACCUUCCAGAAGGACAACCAUCUCUGCAGCACUCCACCAAUCAGGCCUUUAUGGUAGAGUGGCCAGACGGAAACCACUCCUCAGUAAAAGGCACGACCGCCCGCUUGGAGUUUGCCAAAAGGCACCUAAGAUUCUCUGGUCUGAUGAAACCAAGAUUGAACUCUUUGCCCUGAAUGCCAAGGGUCACGUCUGGAGGAAACCUGGCACCAUCCCUACGGUGAAGCAUGGUGGUGGCAGCAUCAUGCUGUGGGUGGUGGCAGCAUCAUGCUGUGGGAGACUAGUCAGGAUUGAGGGAAAGAUGAAUGGAGCAAAGUACAGAGAGAUCCUUGAUGAAAACCUGCUCAGACUGGGGCGAAGGUUCACCUUCCAAUGGGGAAAGGGGGAUACCUAGUCAGUUGUACAACUGAAUGCAUUCAAAUGAAAUGUAUCUUCUGCAUUUAACCCAACCCCUCUGAAUCAGAGGUGCGGGGGUCUGCCUUAAUCGACAUCCACGUCACACAGGACAACGACCCUAAACACACAGCCAAGACAAAGCAGGAGUGGCUUCGGGACCAGUUUCUGAAUGUCCUUGAGUGUCCAGCCAGAGCCCGGACUUGAACCCCAUCGAACAUCUUUGGAACUCUCCAAAUACAGGUGUGCCAAGCUUGUAGCGUCAUACCCAAUAAGAUUUGAGGUUGUAAUCACUGCAAAAGGUAAAUCAACAAAGUACUGAGUAAAGGGUCUGAAUACUUAUGUAAAUGUGUUAUUUCAGUAUUUAUUUUUAAUUUUUUGCCAACAAAAUUAUGUGGGUAGGUUGAUGAGGGAUUUUUUAAAAAACCGGUAAUCAAUUUUAGAAUAAGGCUGUAACGUAACAAAAUGUAGAAAAAGUCAAGGGGUCUGAAUACUUUCUGAAUGCACUGUAUGUUUUCCCCCUGUGAACGAAGAGCUAUCACAUCAAACAUACAAGUGCAAUUAGCUCUUUAGUAUGACAUAUGACAGAGAGUUAUCAGAGGACCAGGGCUGAUAUUUCACUUUACUGCACGUUAGAAAAUGGAUCUCUGACAUCAAAGACUUCUGUUUGCAUCCCAAAUAGCACCCUAUUCCCUAUACAGUGCAGUACUUUUGACCAGAUCCCUAUCAGCCCUGGUCCUCUGAUAACUGGUGGCGGAUCGGCACAGGAAACACAGACAAGUAGCAGUCCCCCACGCUGUGCUUGUUGAAGUCCCCUACAUCACACAUGUGUGCUUGCGUGCGUGUGUAUGCACUGUACUCGCAAACAGUACGUUUUGGUAUAAUCGCCUUAAUCAGAGCCUUAAGAUAGUUACAGUAUCUGGCUAAGUUAUUAUUAAGCACAUAUACUGUAUAUGCAAUCAAUAUUUUCUAUAAAGGUUUGAUGCGUUUUUUAAGUGAAUUUCAAAGUUAUAGACAUUUCAGUGUUACGAACGACUGCCAUUCCCGACAUUUUCAUAUCUCUCAGAACGGUCCUACUAUAAUCUAUUGUACCCAUUGACCUUCUGCAACCCAAGUUGAGUGAUACGAUUCUAUUCUAUUUUAAAACAACUGUGUGACUCUUCCCCCCCCGCUCCCCUCCACAGCGUCUGAAGCUGGUGUGCUCCCCUCAGCCCGACUGGGGUCCCUUCCUGGCAAAGCACAGAGGGGAGCGCUACAAGAACAUGAUGGACCCCCAUGGAUCCAACUCCCUGGGCCUCAAACUGCCCCCCAAAGAUUUCCAGCUGGGUGCCUACCAGUAG